AUGCACCCAGCAAGCAGGAGCUUCCCCCAGGACCAGGAGCCCCUGAUCAAGGAGCCCUCCUUGAACAGACGCAGCCACCAAAAGCCCAGUGACCACUUCCAUGGGACCUACGUGAUUUUUUUCCUCCUGGGCAUCGGCUCCUUGCUACCCUGGAAUUUUUUCAUCACGGCAAAGCAUUAUUGGAUGUACAAGCUGCAGAACUGCUCGGAUCAGGCGGGACAAGGGGAGUCUGAUCUGCGGGACUUCUUUGAGAGCUACGUUUCCAUCGCUUCAACUGUGCCCUCCGUGCUGUGCCUGAUUGGAAACUUCCUGCUGGUCAACAAGGUGCCCGCCAGCGUCAGGAUCCUCAGCUCCCUCUUCCUCAUGCUGGCUGUCUUCCUGGUGAUCACCAUGCUGGUGAAGGUCGACACCUCCAGCUGGACCACCCCCUUCUUUGCCCUCACCAUGGGCUGCGUGGUCGUGGUCAGCAGUGCCUCCACCAUCUUCAGCAGCAGCAUCUUCGGGCUGAGCAGCCGCUUCCCCAUGACGAACACCCAGGCACUGAGCUCUCCUGUCCCCCACACAGGCCAGGCCAUGGGUGGCACCAUCAGUGCUGUUGCCUCCCUGAUAGACCUGGCAGCAGCAGCCGAUGUCACCGAUAGCGCCCUGGCCUAUUUCCUCACCGCCGACAUCUUCAUCGUCGUCUGCAUCAUGGUCUACCUCCUCCUUCCCAGGCUGGAAUACUCCAGGUUUUACUUGAGCAGCCAGAAGGAGAGCCCAUCUCUGGCCACUGUGCCACCUGACAGCUCUGCAGAGGACGAGGCAGAGCCAGGAGACAGCACAGACACCACCUUCAUCCCAAAAAGCAGCAGCAUCCCCCCUCUCCGCCCCAUCCUGCAGAAGACUGCCCUCCUGGGCUUCUGCCUCUUCUACGUCUUCUUCAUCUCCGUCAUCAUCUUCCCUUCCCUCUCCUCCAACAUUGAGUCAGUCAGCAAGGCCUCGGGCAGCCCGUGGAGCACCAAGUACUUUGCACCUCUCACCAGUUUCCUCCUCUACAACUUUGCCGACUGGUGCGGGAGGCAAGUGACUGCCUGGAUCCAGGUGCCUGGCCCCAAGAGCAAGCUGCUGCCCGUCCUCGUCCUCCUCAGGACCAUCUUCCUCCCCCUCUUCAUCCUCAGCAACUACCAACCCCGGGCUCACAUUCAGGUGGUGGCCUUCAACCGAGACGUCUACCCGGUGGUCUUCACCGCCCUGCUGGGGCUGAGCAAUGGCUACCUGGGGACACUGGUCAUGGUCUAUGGCCCCAAGAUUUUGCCAAAGGAGCUGGCUGAGGCAGCAGGGGUGGUGAUGACGUUUUACCUCAUGCUGGGGUUGGCAGUGGGGUCUGCUUGCUCCGUUCUCAUUGUCCACCUUGUGUAG